AUGGGUUGCUGUCUAAGUAGACCGCAAGAUGAUGAAGAAGAAGAAUCCGUCCGACGAGAUGAAAUAGAUAAUGCUGUUCCGAGAGGAGGUAAUAAACCAUUCACAAAGAAAGGCUUGACAUGGGAGGCGGAUUCUUCGAUAACCAUACGUCAACUGAAAAACCAACGCGAUGCAUUUUGGGACACUGCACCAAGUUAUGAGGGCCGAUUGGAAAUCUGGCAAGCGCUACGCUAUGCAUGCGAAUCUGAGGAUUUGGUUUUUGCUCAAGCGAUUUUGGACUCUGUCAACGUUACCAUUCCGACUGGGAAUCUUGCAAAUGGUUGUUACGAUGAACUUGGUAAUCGAUAUGUCAUUCCCGUAUACUGUAUAGUAGAUCCGAUAAAUCUGACAAAGGAUGAAGAUGACGAAGGCUCAUCAACCAGCAGCGAUGAUAUGGAUGUCAAGUUACUAAGUGACCAGCAAGCCACAACGUCUGCGCCACAACAUACCGUCAAGAUAAGGCUUUCUAAUACCGCAAGGGACAUUGAUAUUGGUGUGAAUCUGAAAACUGACACAAUUGCAAUGCUCAGACGUAAGAUAUGUUUGCAUGAAAACUUGGAUUUCAAAACUACGCAUGUGCGCAUCCUCUUUCUUGGUCGAGUUCUUGAAGAUAAGACUAGGGUGGCGGAUGUCAAAGUUGAGGAGGGACAAGUGUUUCAAGCAUUGAUUACCGAGAGAAUAUUGGGAGACGGAUCUGAUAAUGUAUUGCUAAUAUGA